AUGAGCUUCGUCAGAAGGAAUAAUCAGAGCACGGCAUCUGAGUUCAUCCUCCUGGGGCUCCCCAUCCAGCCAGAGGACCAAGGCUUAUACUCUGUCCUGUUCCUCAUCAUGUACCUGACCACGGUGCUGGGGAACCUGCUCAUCAUCCUGCUCAUCAGGCUGGACUCUCACCUCCACACCCCCAUGUACUUCUUCCUCAGCCACUUGGCCUUCACAGACAUCUCUUUCUCAUCAGUCACAGCUCCAAAGAUGCUCAUGAACAUGCUGACACACAGUCAGUCCAUCUCAUAUGCUGGGUGCAUCUCCCAGGUGUAUUUUUUCCUAUUUUUUGGAGAUCUUGACAGCUUCCUUCUGACCUCCAUGGCCUACGACAGGUAUGUGGCCAUCUGCCAGCCUCUGCACUACACCACCAUCAUGAGUCAGAACCUCUGUGUCCUGCUGGUAGCUGUGUCCUGGGUCUUGUCCUUUGCCAGUGCCCUUGUGCACACCCUACUGCUUGCCCGCCUCUCUUUCUGUGGGGCCAAUACUCUGUCACACUUCUUCUGUGACCUUUCUGCCUUGCUUAAACUGUCUAGCUCAGACACCACCAUCAAUGAGCUGGUCAUCUUCACUGUGGGAAUGGUGAUCAUAACGGUGCCAUUGAUAUGCAUUCUGGUUUCUUAUGGCCGCAUUGGAGCCACCAUCCUGAGAACUCCCUCAGCCAAGGGAAUCAGCAGAGCCCUGUCCACAUGUGGGUCUCAUCUCUGUGUAGUUUCUUUGUACUAUGGAGCCAUUAUUGGUUUGUAUUUUUUCCCCUCCUCCAGUAACACUAAUGACAAGGAUGUCAUUGUGGCUGUGCUGUACACUGUGGUCACACCCAUGCUGAAUCCCUUUAUCUACAGUCUGAGGAAUCGGGACAUGAAAGGAGCCCUGAGAAAUACCCUCAGCAGGAUAGUGUGUGCAUAG